GGGCUUGCUCCGUACUACGAUUAGCACUGUGUGGAGAAGGCGACAGGGGUAUAGAGGGGGAUUCUGUUUUCGGUAACAGAUAUCCGAGAGCAUAUCUGGGAUUUUUACCGAUUGGAUCACGCGCCCUUGAGACGGAGAGUCCCUGCUAAAGUGACAUUAUGCUGAAUAUGUGGAAAGUCAGGGAGCUGGUGGAUAAAGCGACCAAUGUGGUGAUGAACUAUUCAGAGAUAGAGUCCAAGGUUCGAGAAGCCACCAAUGAUGACCCUUGGGGCCCCUCUGGUCAGCUAAUGGGUGAGAUAGCCAAAUCCACAUUUAUGUAUGAGCAGUUCCCUGAGGUCAUGAACAUGCUGUGGACCAGAAUGCUGAAAGACAACAAAAAGAACUGGAGAAGAGUUUACAAGGCCUUACUACUACUAGCGUACCUCAUCAGAAAUGGAUCAGAAAGAGUGGUUACAAGUGCCAGAGAACACAUCUAUGAUCUGCGAUCUCUGGAAAAUUAUCAUUUUGUAGAUGAAAACGGGAAAGACCAGGGCAUCAAUGUACGGCAGAAAGUCAAAGAAAUGGUGGAGUUUGUCCAGGAUGAUGACAGGUUACGGGAGGAGAGGAAAAAAGCAAAAAAGAACAAGGACAAAUACAUCGGAGUAUCAUCGGACGGCAUGGGUGGCUUCAAACAAAGUAACUCGGGAGAACGCUUUGACUCCGAGUCGAAAAGCAAGUGGGAUGAAGACUGGGAGAAGAGCAAAGGUGGCUUUCCUUUCAGCGAGAAACUUGGUGAGAUCAGCGAUAAGAUUGGCAGUACCAUCGAUGACACCAUCAACAAGUUCCGCAAGAAAGAAAGAGAUGACUCUCCUGAUAGAAUCAGUGACAAUGAGGAGGACAGAAUAUCGCAGAAUGGUCGGCCAGCUAAGUCUGAAUUCAAGGAUGAGGAGGAGACAGUGACGCCUAAGAGUGUACAGGUGAUGCAGACCACUGAGACUCCCACUACCACCAGCACCACUACACGCAAACGGGGUGGAAUGCCCUCCAAAACGGUGGAUUUGGGUGCAGCUGCGCAUUACACAGGGGACAAGAGCAGCCCAGAUGCAGACAAUGCAAAGACAUCAGACAGUCAAUCUUACAGUGGAGGGCUUUCAGAUUUGCUUGUAGUGGACUCUGAAACGACUCAGCCAGCGCCUUCAGGUGGGAGCUCAGACCUCAUUGCUGACUUUGCAGAUUUUUCCUCUCCAGCUGCUUCUGCUAGUCUCCCUUCAGCUGCUGGAUCAGUAUCGACUGGCAACGGAGAGUUUGGUGACUGGAGCGCCUUCUCCUCAGCCAGUCCACCCCCAUCUACAGCCCAGCCUGCUGUCCCAGACCUGUUCAGCGAUGCUCCACCCUCCACCCAGCCACCGUCUGCUGACCUUUUUGACCUGAUGGGCUCCAAUCAAAGCAGUCUGAAUGCCUCCCAAAGCAUGACCUUCACUAUGUGCCCCCAAAGCACAGGAUUCUCUAUGUCCAGAUCACAGACCCUAGGGGGGCCUGUGCACAGUUUAGCAGGUCCUUUGUUGCCUCAGCAGAUGGGAGUUCAGAAACCCGGAGCAAAAACCUCAAUGCCUGCCACAUGGUCUGACCCAAGUGUCAACAUCAGCUUGGACUUUCUGUCUAUGGGCAUGAACCCUCCCAAGCCUUCACAGCCUAGCCUCAACACUAUGAUGCAGCAAGGUGUCCAGACACCUGUGAACCUGGUCGCCCAGAACAUUGCAGGAAUGACACUUAACACCCAGCCUGUGCCUGCUAGACCAGCCAUGAACCCUGUGAUGGCAAGUGGAAACAUGGGUAUGGUGAUGCCCCCCAACAUGGCAACAGGUAACAUGGGAAUCGGUUCCAUGGUCAUAGGAGGAAUGCCUGCCAAUCAGGGUUUAAUGGGAAUGAACAUGGCCUCUGCUGGUUUGGGCCUCCCUGGUGGCCUUGGCAUGUCUAGCAUGGGCCAGGGCAUGAGCUCUGCCAUGUUACAAGCCAAACCACAGGCUUUCCCUAACUUUGGCAAUUUUGGACAAUGAAGGAAAAACAGCACUGAAAAGAAAUGGUCCAAAAAAUACCUUCUUAAAUAAAAGAAGGAGCUGCAACCAGUAAAAUGGACAAAACUGACAAAACUAGCCAUUGUCUGGACCCUUCAAUCAUUUAAUAUUAUAUGUUAACAAAUGUUUGGGGCGUGUCUAAAAUCUGUUUUUCUUGAGUGGGGUGGGUGAUUGAGGAUGGAAUGCUUUUUUGAUAAGUUACACUAAAAACUUUUAUGGUCUGACAUGUUUGCCAGUGGCUGGCUAAAUGCAAAGAUCAAAUUUAGAUGUGUGUUUAUUUGCCCUGUCAUUUUCACAUACUCCCUCUUCCCCAUUUAAAGCCCAUUUUGAAUUCAGGAAUUACCUCAACUUCCACUGUUCAUGCUGUGACUCAAAUGCUGCGAGUGAUUUUGAUUUUGUAAAUAUCUUCUUUUUUUCAUUUGUGAAGAAGAAAAUAACUAUAACUUAUUGCAUUGUUUUAUGAAGUUCUCAAAUGGUAUGCAGGGAACAAGCUCAAAAAGUCAAAGGAGUAGCACAAGUUCUUAAUUCAUUUCAUUUUUAUUUCUUUGUUUUUACAGCUAAUCCAUUACAUUCACACUCCUAAAAUGAAAUCAUUGUUUGUUACUGUACAAUGGUUUGACUUUGUCUUACAGAAUUAGAACAUAAAGUCUAUUAAUUAUUUGACUUACAUGUCUAUUACAUUUGAGGAUGUAAUGUUCCAGUUGUAUAUCACAAUGAAGAAUUAUGGAAAAAGAAUGUUUUGUUGGACCAGGAGAGAUGGUGAAGAAACAUAUAAAAAGUGAUAUUGGGUCAUGUGGUUACAUUCCUGUCCCACCCCUAGUGCUGAUGUCAUGAGAGUGAGAAUCUAAUCUGCCCAGUCCUGUAAGAGUGCCUGACAGUGAAAUGGUCACCUUUUUAGCAGUUAAAUCAAUCACAUAGAAGGCCAGAAACAGGAUGUCCUUGUCAAGAAGCCAAUGUUUGAGUUUCUCAGAGGUUUUCUGCUACACAGAGAAGGGAAUAACUGGAGAAGAGAGGAUGUCAUGAUUUUGCAGAAAGGCUGGAGGUAAAAUUUGACUUACUACUUUUGUUUUUUGUUUUUUUAAUGAUGUAAUGUCACACUAGGGCACUUUGUACUGGUGAAGGCGGAGUUGAAAAUAUAAUGAGUAACCACUUGAAUUGCUUAUAAUGCCUCAUAAAGCUCAAACCUAACAUGCAUGAAAAGGAAGUGUUUUCAAGUACAUCUUUCCAUGAACCACCUCAGAUCAGUGUUAACACUCAUUGUGUCUGUCACAGGAUGGCAUGUCAGCUGUAGGGUCAAUGGAGGAAAUGUCAAAGCCCCCCCAAGCCCCCCCCCCAACAGAGUCCUCCAUUCCACACCAAGCUGUUGUUUUCAAAAAUGACCAAAUCUUUAUUUUAAUACUGUUGAGAUGAUUCUAUAGGGGUUUAGUUUCUUAUUUUAAUACUUUACCAUUAUACAAGUCCUGUGCAUAUUAUGGUGUCGGCAUGGGCCAGUUGAGAAAACAGGUGCUUGUAAACAGAGUGGGGGAAAAUCAAUAUCAGGCACCUCUUUCAUAAAUUGUUUCUUUUGGAAUUUAAUUUUUGGACUGGAUUGUAUUCAAUAAAAAAUUAUGUAUGACAAUU